AUGGUAGACUUUAUAACCUUUUUAUUAGCGAACAAUGAAAAACUAACAUCAGUUGCUCUUUUAGAAAGUGCUUUGACAUACUAUGUGCUGAAAAGACUUAGUACCCUUUUCUUUGUCGAAAAAGGAACAAAUUAUGAUAUAGAAAUAUGCACAUGUAAAGAAUUAAACGUUAAUAAUUUGUUCAACUCAGAGGUUCUUCAAUUUGGAACUUUAAAAAAUGAAGAAAUCUUGCUAAAGUUUCUCAGAACCCUUGUCCUACCACAGGAUCACGCUGAUUUGAUAAUCCGUUUGGAAGAGAAUUUGUCAUCGAAUACACAAAACCAUUUGAGAAAAAAAAAAGCACACAUAAAUAGCAGAUCAAACCGAUGGAAUGUCUACAUUUUAAAAAUUUUAUUUUUACAUUACAAUGAGAGGGACGGGAAAGAAAACAAAUAUUUUCACUCAUUUGUUUCAUACAUAAUUUCCCUAUUUCACGAAGGAAAUGGAGUUAUCAAAAGGAGGGACAAGUUGUUGUUUUUAUUUUUAUUUUUUUUUCUCUUUACAAAGAAAGAUCCAUGGAAGGGAAAUAAUAAGGUAGGAAAAUAUUCUCACUUCAACACAAAGAAAGGAAAGAAGAAAAAAAAAAAAAUUCUCAACGAUUGUAAAAAAUUUUAUCAUCAAGUCAAGAGAAAGCGUUUUAACAAGUUAAGGCUCCGGGCUAUACACAAAUUUCUACACAAUAGUUUAUGUCACGUGCAUAUUAUUGAAGAUAAUUCUAAUAAGGAAAAGUUGACAGAUGGAGGGAGAAAAAAAAAAAAAAUUCUUAUUUUGUGUAAAAAGUCACUAAACCAUCUGACCGAAAAAUGUUUAAACUGUCUAAAUUGUUUGAACACUUCAGGCACUUGGAAAGAAAAAAAAAAAAAAAAAAUUUUUGUUAAGAUAAAAAACGAGCUCUUAAAAAGUGUGUCCCUUUUAAAAAUACUAAACAAAAUAAACGAUAGAAUAUCACAUCGUUGGGUAUCUGCAACAGGUAAGAGAAAACAUUCCAGUUUUUAUUUUCCCAUCAUACUAAACAAAUCUAUUAGAAGCGGAAAAUGGGAUUUCAAUGUUGUAAAAAAUAAUUUUCUCUCGUAUUAUCAAAAUUUUUUAAGGAACAACAUUUACCCCUUAUUAUAUGUAAACACGUUCCUAGUACAAUUUUACCGCAGCUUCUUUUCAAGUCAUGAUUACAAAUUCGUCAAUUGGAAUAUCCUAAUGGAUAACAAAUGUUCUAAUGUAUACGCAAAUGUAAAUAUUGUACCAGUUCCUAAUAAAGUUGUAUGUAAAAAGAGAUUUUUUUUCAAUACUUCUCACCCUUGUCAAAGAGUACCCAAUGAACAUACACUCUUCACCUUAACAUGUGCAUGCAUAUGUCUAAUAAGCAAUAACAACUGUUAUAACUUGUACUAUCUCCUUAUUUGCAUGUUGAGGAAAAGGAAAAGUUUCGAUCUACAUGAAAGGGUAAAUAAUUUCACGAACGAGCUAACCAAACUGGAUGCCAAAUGUCAGCAUGUGUGGAAUAUGAAGAAUAUUCUUUUGUAUAUGUAUAUAGAAAUGUACCUGAAGAACCGUAAAGAAAUUGUAAAAAAGGAAAAGAGAAAAAUGUGUAGACAGAGUUCACAUAAAAUACACUUUUUAUCCCAUCAUAGAGAGAGAUCUGAACAUGAUACACUCUGUAGAAUUUACAGAAAAUGGAUUUAUAAAAAAAAUAAAAAAAAAAACGACUCACACGCAUUAUCAAAUGGGAAAAUUUUAAAAUACGUGAUGAACAACUUCAAUUUUUUUGAUAAAAUAUUAGAGUACAAAUCGCACAACUAUAUGGCCCUAUCACACAUAAGUAUAUUUAGACAACUUAUCCAUUUUUUUGUGUGCAAAAAGAGAAAUAAUAAUCAUUAUAAAAAUGUCAAAAUAGUGAAAAUGAUGGAUGAUCGAUUUCACUUACUUGCACGUAAAAAUCUUUACUAUUAUGCUGUACACAAUUCAUUACUUUUUGUUUACUUACAAAAUGUGUAUCACUGUCUGGUGGAAUUUUUAAAAAAUUUCUACCUUGUUUUCAUUGAGAAAAAUUUCUUUACAUACAAUUAUGAAUCAAUAAGAGGUUAUGAAUUAUGUGGUGAUACUUGGUGCAAAGAUAGCGGAGGCAAUAAGAACCAUCAUCAGGAUCAUCACAAUGUUGAUCGCUCCUUCUGGGAAGACUACAUCACAUGUAAUUUGUUAUACAAAUGUAAUCGAGAGAAAGAAAAAGAUAUCAAUCAUCGUGACAUUAAAGAUCAAAGUAAUCCCAUUUUUUUCAGUUCCUAUGGGAAUAAUUUGUCAAAGUGGAAGACUAUUCAGUUAAUACACAAUGAGAUAAGGAAAGGACAAAAGUAUGAAAUGGACAUUCUCAACAAUCGCACAGGAAACAAUUUUGUUUAUCAAAAAGGCACAUACCUCGAAUUUUUCUUAUUUGAAAGAAAAGAAGAAGGAAUGGGAAAAAAAAAAAAAAAAAAAAAAAAAAAUUAUGAACAAGUGAGGCAUACUACAGCACAACUACUGUACAAAAAAAUAAAAAGAAAAAUAUUAAAAUAUAAAUUUGUAUCGAAAGAAAUGAUUAACAUACUAAACAUAUUUUAUGGGGACAAAAUUUACAUUCAUUUUUAUGCAAAUGGGCUGAGAAAUAUCCUAUAUUGUACAUGCAAUUGUAACUUUUUUUUUCUGGAGUUAUUUUAUAACAUAGUUGUACCUCUCCAACUUUGGGAAAGAAAUAAUUACCUGAAAAGGAAAAACAGCGCUGGGAAACAACCCAUUAAGGAAGAAGAUUCAGAGAAAGAAAAAUCACAAACAUAUGAAAAGAUAAUAAGUCUGCUUAACAAUGUAGACAAUUAUUUCAAAAAGGAAUUAAAAAAUUUCCAAUAUGAGUACAGACGUUUCAGAAUAAAAUACGAAGAAGAAAAAAAAAAAAAAAAAACAUGUAAUUUCACGAAAAAAAUUAAUAGACUACUCAAGAUAUGCACACAUGUUCAUAAAACAUGGUAUUAUUAUAACCGUAUGCCAAAAAAAGGAAACAAACAAUUUAAAGGUAAAAAAUGGAUUUCAAAUGGAAUUCUCACGCUUCACCUGAAUAGACAGGAUAAUAAAAAUGAGCUUACCAACUUGUACUUACCAAUUUUACAUAACAAAAUGAAUAAAAAAAAAAAAAGGAAAUAUUUGCAUAAUUCUGUAAUCUAUUAUGGCAUAUUUUUUAAGUGCAUAAUUUACACUAUUCAUGAAUAUGCUUUGCACAUAUAUGGAAUGCUGAGAGGGGAUUUUUUUUCAAACUCGAAAAAUGUAAUAUAUUCAUGUACAAAUAGUAAGGAAAAAGAUUUCCAUCAUAACAACGAGACAACUGUUAAAUUCAGACAAAUGUUUUCAUUACAAGUAAACUCAAAACAUUCACAUCAUCCAAAAGGAGAAAAAGAACAGGUCAAGUGGCCCAAUUAUAUUAUACCGCUCAAAAUAGAGGAUAUCAAAAAAGGAAACAUAGUGAUGAAUAUCGAUGAACUCAAUUUAAAAGAAAAUUUAAAUACUUUACACAAAAUAUAUCUAGACAUAUUGCACUUUUUUAGAACUAUGGAGAAAAAAAAAUUCAUAUUCAUCCAGUCAACAAGAUGGAAACACAUAGAAUUUUCCAAAAGAGUUCAUAAAAGAAUUUUCUUUUUAAAAUUUCUUUUUUCUUCCUAUUUUCUCACCUUUUUGUAUGACCACAGAUAUGUAUUAUAUCUUCUGCAACAAGUUUGCAAAAUGCUCAAGUAUGUCUUUGGAUGGAAAAAAAAACAUCACACUAUGGUGUCAUGA